AUUGGGUGACAAAGGAAACUGAAUGACGAAGUUAUGGGAAGACGAGUUGAUCAACUCUUUGGUUGAUGAUCAGCUUAUUACAUUUGACCCUGUCCUUGAUAGACUGUUAUAGCUGUUCAUUUGGUUACCAAUUGUCAACAAUUUAAUUUACUUCUGUGAAAUAAACAAAUAAUUUUGACUAUUUAAAUGUUCAUCAACACGCUCAUGAAAUUGUCUUUCCUCUUCCUGAUUCUCCCUUAUUCCUAGUCAACCAAUCAUUAUCAAUAUCAGAAUGAAGAAGCAAGAGAAAAGGUUAAAUCUUUUAUGAAUAGAUUCUUUUUUUUCAACGUUAUUGUGAUUAUUAAAUAUCGUAAUAUUACCUUUCUUUUUCCUUCCCUUGUCUUGAUAACUUUGCUAAAGCAAAACUCGUUUCCAUGGAGUUGAAAAUUCUAAACAUAUAUCAAUAAAAAUAUCAAUAUUAACCUUAACAUGAAAUAUUAGUUGUUGAAAAAAACAGUGAAAAUCAAAUUUUAUUUCUUGAAAUCUGUUUCUAUUGGAAUAUUUUGCAAACCAUGAUUCCAACAAUCGCCAGUUAAUUCAACAGUUUGAUCUGUUUCAUCAAUUCGUGAUAACUUUUCAAGUCUGAGACUUAAAGAGUAGUUUUGCAGAUAUCAACAGUUGCCACUGUUUUGAUAACUUGAGGCCGAUUGACGCCAAACAAAUAGUAAUAUGCGAUUCCAUGAAAUUGUCUAUGGGUCAAAUAUAUCAUUAAAUAAAUUGAGAACUCAAGCAACCAGAAUCAAUGAUCAAUGUUUCUGUGAUGGAAUCAUUUUUUCAGCCAAACCAAUCAAGUUGAAUCAAUUGGUUACUCUUGAGAUUGAAUCGUUCUCAACCAAAUGGAAAGGUUGUCUCAACGUUGGGUUAACAUGCCGAGAUCCGUUAACCUUUGUAAAAGAAAGGCCACUUCCAAAGUAUUCCUAUCCGGUUGGUUUGUGUUCAGACGAUGGUGUUUGGAUUAAACCUUUGCCCUCCCAUUGGAACCGAUCAAAGGUUACCUUUCUAUUGACUGGUAAUACCAGUAGUUCUGGAAGUUCAGUCCAAUUGUAUCUUGUCAACUCAAAUGAAACCCGGUAUCCAUUUAUACUUGCCCUUCCAUCCAGUAUGGAAACCAGUUUCUGGUUCAUAUUUGAUCUUUAUGGUCGUACAACCAGACUCUCUGUUUGUGACUUUAAUGGUAUGACUUUCAAGAUACCAACGUCCAUUACCCUCCAAGGUCCAAAUGUUGUUCGUGUUUACGAAAAGUGUUGCUCCAAAUCAUCUUUAAAAUACAAUUGGACUCGAGUAUUUACAAUCGGUCCACCCAAAUCGGGUAAAUCAACUUUAAAAAACAUUCUCCUAAAUUCAAGCGAAAACGAUGAUUGUAUUCUGGAUAAUCGGAGAAGCUGUUUGACUGAUUUAAAUGGCUCUUGGCGACUAAACGAUUUAAAUGAUGUUGAACUAAAUUUGCCAGAUGAAGAGACUUUGUUCAAAAUGAUGAGCUACAACAUCGUUAAAGAAUUGAAGAUCAACAAAUCAAAUAAGGAAGAAAACGACGAAAAUAUAACUCUAAAUGCAGCCGAGAUACUAAAGUCAGCUCUUAAAUUGUCUAAUAGGAAGAAUGACCAUUUCGAUGAUAUAAAUGGUCUUGAUAACCAAGAAACGGUUAAAUUGUUACCAGUUAAGUUGCGCGAAAUGAUUGAUAAUAUGUUAGCAAAGCAGGCCAAUAUAUCAGAUGUUUCGGAUAUCGAUGAGAAGGAAAUACAAACAAUGAUUUAUACGAAAUACAAUUUUUGGGACUUUCAAGGAAACUCAUUAUACUUUCUAAUAAACCAAAUACUGCUCAGUUCUCAGGGUAUUUACCUGAUGGUAAUUGACCUGAGUAAAGAUUUGGACCAAACAGUUGCCACAGAUGAUAACUUUUUCCAGGCCGAAGGAGCCAAAGACGAUUACACUGCUUUAAAUUUGAUUCAUCAUUGGCUUUCAUUGAUUUACAGUCAUGUUAGCAAUCAUGUGUUUAUUGAUGAUUUCCGAUCGACCGAAGAGUUGGAGGAUGAUGAAGAUGCCAUAUCAAACCCUAAAGUAAUCAUCAUUGGUACUCAUGGCGACUCUUUGAGCGAUCAGUCAACCAAUUUAGGUGAAGAAGAAGAUGGACAAAAUAAAUUGACGCCAGUUGAAGUAUUUAACCGUAUUGAGGAAUCAUUAGCAGGAAAGGUUUACCGAUCGAUUGUCCAUUUAAAAUACUUUCCUAUUGACUGUUCAUCAAUCAGCGAUUCUCAAAUUAAUGAGAUUAGAUCGGCUGUCGAUGAGAUUGUGUUGCAGCAAAAGUUGAUUGACCAUGAUAUACCUUAUUCGUGGAUCCAGUUUGAACAAAUUAUCGAGAGACUGGUUCGAAAGGGAAUCCAUUUUGUUGACAUUAAUCAAAUUUACGAGUUAACCAAAGUACACAUUAGUGAUGUUAAGUCAAUGGACGUUCUUCAAGCGAUCCUUCAAUUUUACCAUCUUUCAGGACGCCUCUACCUUUUCAAGUCAAGCUAUUCGACCUCAAAUGACAUGCUUAUUGUUUUGGAUCCCGUUUGGUUCGCCAAUUGUUUCUAUCAAUUGUGUCAAGUUGCCUCGUCCUAUGAUUCAGUUGAUUGUGGACGAUUGUCUGGUAUUUUGACUGAUGAUACAAUUACCGAAGCAUGGAAGGAAUAUCUUGAACAUAAAACGGUUCUUCUUGGUUGCCUUGAAAAGUUAGACAUUAUUUGUGAACUCAAUUGUGGACUGGAUCUGGAUGAACCUCCUGACUUGACCUCACUCCGUCUUCAACCAAAGGUUUACCUGUUUCCCUGGAUAGCUCAAGCCACUCGCGAAUCUGACUCACUGUUUACUGAUCCAAACGCCAUUGCAUUAGAAUUGAUUAACCAAUUUAAAUUUUCCAUUAGUUUUAACAACAUUUUACCCAUUGGCCUUUUCUCUCGUUUGGUUGUCCGUUUGUGUCGCUGGUCUUGGAGACAGGGUUGGGGUCGAAGACCAGAGAUUUGGCAUUCUUGGGCUCGGAUAGCAAUUGACUUUGAUCAUGAUUUAAUACUUAAGGUCAACUUGACUCAGCAAAGAUUUUUCAUUAUUAUAACCAAAAUUUAUGACACGAUUGGUGGUGAAAGUGAUCCAACUGUUACUGGACCAGCUCCUAAUGUUUGCGUUAAAGCUCGUCAUCUAAUUGAAAGUGAACUGGAAACGCUUCAAAACUUUUACUAUCGCCGUAUUGUUUAUUCACUCGAAGUGCCUUGUCCAUGUGACCUGUCGUGUAAAGAUCAUAUGAAAAAAAGUUGCACAGAAGAGCAAUGCCUUCAUUUUAUCCCUUUGAACAAAUGUCUCAGUAAAAAGGUUGUUGAAUGUGAUUAUCGACAAAUCCGCACAAAUUUUGUCCAAAAAUAUUUUCCUGUUUUGCCAUAUUAUGCAUCAGCUUCUGGCCAAUAUUCUGGAAUCACCGAUGAUUCUGCCUUAUCGUUGUAUGAACAUCCUUAUAUAAAUACUUAUGAAGACAUUUUCCGUCUUGAGCCUCUUUGGAUGCGUGAUGCGGCUAAAAUGUUGAUAAAUAGUAGUCCAGGACGUGACUGGCUAGCUUUAGCUCGUCGCUUAGGUUAUACUGAUAAAGAUGUAGCUAGAUUGGUUGACGAUGUUUCACCUUCUCUUGCUUUAAUUCAUGACUGGUUCGAAAGCAAUGGACGAACUCGUUACUGUAUUGAUGUUCUUAUGUCUUGCCUUCAAAUGAUUUCCCGUGAAGAUGUACGACAAAUAAUUGAAGUAGAUUUACAGCCAAUUGGUUCGGCUCCUCCAGUAUUCCUCAGCUAUCAAUGGGACUCUCAAAAGCUGGUGCUUGAUCUUAGACGUCGCUUAGAAAUGGCCGGUUUCCCUUGUUGGAUGGAUAUUGGCUUAAUGGGUGGAGGUGAUUCCCUUUAUGGUAAAAUUUACGAGGGAAUCAGCAAAGCUCGAGUCAUCAUUGCUUGUUUAACUCCUCGCUAUGCUUCUUCAAGGAUUUGUGCGCGUGAAGUGACUCUUGCCGAUGUCCUGAGGAAGCCCAUUUUACCAGUAAUGCUUGAACCAACUCCUUGGCCACCUCCAGGACCAAUGGCUGUAGUUAUGAGCUCUCUUGUUUUCGUCGAUUUGUGCGGUGUUGGUGGUCAUGGAGGGAUUGGUAAAAGUGGUGAUUCUGAAACUCGAUUUCGUGAUAUCCUUAACACCAUUUCUCGAUGCAUUGCUGGUAAUCCUGAUGCAGCGAUUCCUUCUCGUAAUCAAACUUUACAACAUCUAUUCUACCCAAGAUCAGGCGACCCAAGGCUCAGUUUAACUACAAUUACACCCGAUUUGAGGUCAGAUAGCCCACCUUUGCCACAAGAAAGACCCACAACGUCGGGUGAAGCAGAAGAGAUAGCAGAUUAUUAUGCCAUGGAAAGAACGGUCGAACAAGCUUCUGGCGAUGAAAUGUCGGUCGUUUCUCGACUCACAAACAAUCCAAACAAUAACAACAAUAGGAUAUCAAACUGUUCAAUUUGUAAUAUCGUUUAAAUAAUGUUUAUUCAAUUUUGUAAACAAAAAUGCCAUAUUUCAUGUUCAA